UGAAACCAUUUUUUUCUUCUUCCCCCACCAUGAAAAAGAAUUCGGUAUAAUAAACGGUCAAACAAACAACGACAAGAUACUCCAAAGUUAAUCUAGCGGUAGGAUUCCCUGAGAUUCUGAACAAAAUCUUUACUUGUUCAUCACUUUUCUGAUGCCUAAAUUGAGACCUCUAGAGAUUUCCACCAUUCUUGAUUGAUACCCAUGUUGAGCUUUUCUUCUAACUCUCUCUCUACACACCCAAACCCGGUUCCCUCAAUCCCUCCGGCUAGGGUUUCCAACUUCUCUGUCUCCUUCCCCACACAACAACGUCGUCUUCUGGAAGCUUCCAAGAGGAAUUGGAAAAUUUCAUGCUUUAGACGAGAAGAAUUUACCCCUCAGAAUAACAAAUUAGAGGGUGCUGACGAUAUUCUAGCAGAAGACCCUGUUAACGUGGAAUUAGUUGAAACUAAAGGACCCAGGAGGCAUUGGGUUUCGAGUAUAGAAGAGGCAGCAAGGGCUGUGUUUGAAGCAAUUGGGGAAAGAUGGACUGUGCCAUGGACAGCAGAAACUAUACUGCAGGUUACCUUUCUCUGGAUGGCCUCUUUCUGGUUUGUCGGGUCAUGGAUGAUUCCAGUUGCCGCCCACAUAUCAGGCUUCAGCAAAGACAGUCUUACAUUCAGAGGACAAGCCUUUUACAGCCUUCUUACAGACAUAGCCGAAGGACUAGCCGGAAUAAUGAUUCUUCGUAACUGCUUGUCCCGUUUCCGUCCCCUCCCAUCCGGUUGGUUUACAUUCAGCUUAAAGGGAAACUGGCUAUUUGACGUUUUCCUCGGUUGCCUCAUGUUUCCUUUGGUCAACCGUCUCUCCCAGUUCAACCUCGACCUCUUGCCUAUACUGCCUGCCACCCAAGUCAGUCUAUCAAACGUAGAGCAGUCAAUUAUGGCUCGAGAUCCCAUUGCGAUGGUGUUAUACGCUCUCGUGGUCUCGGUUUGCGCUCCUGUUUGGGAAGAAAUGAUUUUUCGAGGCUUCCUUUUACCUUCUUUGACAAAAUACAUGCCAGUUUGGUGCUCCAUAGUUUUGAGCUCGGUGGCGUUUGCUUUGGCGCACUUUAAUGUACAAAGGAUGUUACCUCUGAUUUUCCUUGGGAUGGUUAUGGGCAUGGUUUUCGCAAGGUCCAGGAAUCUGUUGGCUUCUAUUCUUCUGCAUAGUCUUUGGAAUGGGUUUGUUUUUCUGGAUUUGAUGAAAUAAUAGGAUUCUUGUUACAUUCUUUCUCUAACUUGCUUCUUGAACCAACAUAUAUUAGCCAUAGGCAUUAUGGGCUCAUUAAUUGUGUAUAUAUACAUAUGGGGUGUUUCUAGAAGAGAAGUAACUAACUUAUUCAAUGUUCCUUUGAUGAAUUAUCCCCCCAUAAAUGGGAAAAUUGCGGUCUUAUUCUA